AAGAUGUCGACCAGUCAGUGUUUGGCAAAGCGUGCGCGUGAACAGUUCGCAAAUUGUGCCCGACGGCGCGUGAAAAUCGUGAAAGCACUAAGUGCAAUAUAAAUAUUUAAUUGAACGGUGAAACCAAAACGACUUACUAUAAAAUAAAUCGCUGAAAUUUUGAUUUUACGAAAACGCUCAGUGAAUUUUUAAAAAUUUCGUGUGUGAUGGGCGAUGAUUAUUAUUAUUAGUGUGUGAAAAAUAAUUUUUGUGAAAUUGCGCGAGUCAACGCUGAGUCAAGUGCAGUUGCAGUCACGCGCUGACUUCUGACGCAUCAGGCAUCAGUGUAUGACCAGUGUUUAUGGUUGCACGCAUCGUUGAGUACAUUUAAUAUGUGGCAAUAAAAUUGUGUACAUUAAAUGUGCCACACGUGUGUGUCUGCAUAUAACGGAAAAUGCCAAAACAACAACAAUAAGAUAACACAUAAAUACGCGCACACACAUACAAUCACGCUAAAAUAACAAUUAAAAUGAAACAAUACAAUUAAUUGAUAGAAUGCUAUAAAUUAAAAGCGAAAACCAUCUACAACAAUUAAGCGUAAAUCAAAGUGCCCAUAUAUUUUUCGUUUUCUCUUGUUCUCGUUUGUAGUGCGUCAGCAAUCUUUCGACACCGUGUUUGGCUUUCUUUGCCAUGGUGAAUAAUACUGUCGACAUUGCCGCACAUAUUUUAGAUUUUAAUUUGGACUCUUCGACGUCACUGCCGCAGCCGCAAAAUCACAGCCUGCAGCAUUCUUCUAGUAAUAGUACGCUGAGAGUAGCGAAAAAACAAACGAAAGUGCACGAUCAUUUGGCCAAGCAAGAGCAGCAAGGUCAACAAAUUACAAGCAAUUUGAAUAUAUUGCCGAAUAGCGCUGAGAAUUUGAGUUGGACCUUCUUUGAACAUGUUUCCACAUUGGACAAUCAAUUGCGCGGCGAUGAAGAGCUGAGCUCAACAACCACAAAUGGUUGCCACUUAAUGUCUACCUCACCCACGCAAACAUAUGCAAUACACGAGGACGUUGACGCAAGGCUGUUGAUAAGCCACUCGGGACCAACGCAAGAGACAAUCUCACGCAAACAGAAUGGCUUUGCGCCACUAAGCACAACAACUAUACCAACAGCCAACCAUUGUGCUAAAGUAUGCGAUCCUAUUCAUUCACAGCAAACGACAGAUUUAAUACAAAAGCAACAAAGCGACGCAGCUGCAACCGAAUUGCAAUUAGAAAGCGCGGCAACUUUUCAAUUCACAUCGCCGACUGCAACAUUUAAGCGCAAAAAGCAACAGCAAACACAGAAACAACAACAGCAACAACAACAACAACAAUUCGAACACCAAUUCCACAACAAUAACAAUAACUGUGGUGGCAAUCAAACAGUGGCAGCAACGGUAAUUAAUAAUUCACUGGCAACCGAAGCGUCGAAGCAGCCGAAAUCAAAAUCACCUAAUCGCAACAGUGCGGAGAGUGGCAAUGUGCAACAUGCAGCAACAGUUAGCACGUCGAUUAUAUUGAAUGGUAUAGGUGUGGCAGCAACAACAAAAGCAACAAAAGCGACUAAAGCAAUAACGGUAGACGAUAUUUUGGCAAUUGGCGGCGGCGGCAGUGGUGUUGCUGGUGCGCACAACAAUACAAUAACGACAACAAAGCCAACAACAAGCUUACGUACACCGCGCAAUCGCACCUUGCCACGCAUCGCAACAACCACAACAACACCGCGGGCUGCAUAUGCAGCUGACAAUCUCGAUCUAGUGGGCAGCCACACAGGCAAAGCGCCGCUCAACGGUCACAACAGGCGGCAACGUGCCACAGCCAAGGUGAAACAGCCGCCACAGCAGCAGCAACAACAACAGCAGCAGCAGCAACGACAGCCAACACUGCAACAACACGCGCUGCCAAAGAGAAUGACCGCAGGCGCUGCUGGCGGCAGUAGCAGUGCGAGUGGCAGUGGCAAUAGCAGCAAUCACAGCAGCAAUAGCAACAGUAACAAUAACAACAAUCACAGCAAUACACUACACAAAGAAAACAGCGCGCUCAUGGACAGUUUGGGUGCACAUUUGGAGCUGGUGGGUUGGCGCAAGAAAUGCCUCUACGGCCUGCUGGUGCUGCUAAUGCUGCUCAUCAUCACAAAUCUGGUGUUGACAUUGUGGAUACUGAAAGUGAUGGAAUUCACGACGGACGGCAUGGGCCAGCUGAAGAUAGUGCCAGGCGGCAUACAGCUCACCGGUCAGGCGCUCAUAAUGGAUAUGCUGCGUGCAUCGACAAUACGCUCCAGGCAUGGCCAGCCGAUAGCGAUAGAAUCAUCACGUAAUUUUUCAAUCAAUACACGUGACGCGAAUGGCAUGCUGGAGAAUCAUUUAUUCCUUGGGCACGAUAAGCUCGAAUGCUUGGCGAAGGAAAUUCGCAUCAAUGACACCAACGGACGAAAUUUAUUUUCUGUAAAUCAAAAUGAAGUCACAAUCGGUGCACACGCGUUGCGAAUUGACGGCGAAGGUGGCGCCAUAUUUCGGGAGUCCAUACAAACGCCGCAUGUACGCGCCGAACCCGGACGCGAGUUGAGACUGGAGUCCCCCACACGACAGCUUGAGCUGACCGCUGCCAAGGAUAUAAAUUUGCAGUCGCGCGCUGGUGCAAUAGAAGUGGCUGCGCUGAAAGAUGUGCGGCUGAGUGCGUUGGACGGAAGUUUGCGCCUGGAGUCCGCGAAAAUCCUUAUGCCGAAUCUGCGUACGGCGCAGCCACCGCCACUGGGGGCGCCGCAGAGUCGUGACCAUUUGCAUCGUGUCUUCCAGCUGUGCGCCUGUUCGAACGGCAAACUAUUCCUGGCCGCGCCGCAUUCGAUAUGCGCCGGCGAUGACAGCACUGUUUGUAGAUGAUUACCCGAACGGAGACAAUAAAGCAAGUAGAUGCAGCCCUGAGUGCUGGAGGAAAAAGGGGAGAGAGCAUAAAAAAGUAGUUAAAUAUUCAAAUGUAGCAUAUAACUGUAUUUGUAAGUAAGUAUAAAUAAUAGUUAUAACAACAAGCAGGGUUAAAGUAGUAUUCAUAUCAAUCAAUGUAACUGUUAAAUAUCACAUAUGUAAAUUAUUAGCGGCAUGUACAGUGGUGGGCAGCGAAUUGGUGAAAUUUAAUAAAUGAAAUUUUUAUUGGUUAAAGGAAAUAUUUUUUAUUUAUUUUUUAUUAUUUUAAGCAUUUCUUAAACUUACUUAGAUAUGAU